AAAAGUUUGGUGGCAAAUCAAAAACUAGGAAUUCUCACAUUCUGAAAACAAUGGGUGAUCCAUUCUUUGAUCCAACAAAUAAUUUAUUGAAAUCCGACGGCAAUGAGUAUCAAAAUCUAGCGAUUCUGGAUCCAAAUGCGCCGGCAGUCGGAGGAAACGAACCACCACCACCACCACCACCGCUGACAGUUGCUCAAGACGCACUUAUUUCGGAUAAUGGAGCAAAAGUGACAAGUGGUGAUGGAGUUCAGAAGUUGCCCGAAUCGAAUCCAUCGCUCAAGAAGCCAAGAGGCAAUAAGGCAAAAAUCAAAAAGUUGAAGAACAAGAUCAAAAACGUGAAAAUUUUCUUCUGGACAAUGAUCGGCAUUUGGGUUAUUUGUCUGUGUUUCUUUGUUCUUAUUUAUCUCAACACGUACGGAAUUCGCAUUUUCCCGCUUUAAAUUGAACUCUCGUCAAAAUGAAUAAAAUUAUUGGGUUUUCCGAU